AUGGGACAAGACGAUGGCAAGGUGAAACCAAUCCUGGUCAUCAAAGAUUCGAAGACGCAAGCAAUAGCUGCGACUUUUGUGGAAGCCAAGGGAACAGACCCCUACGCCAUCAAGUUUUGGCAGGGCUUUGUCAAGCACCUUGGUUACAAGAAGUUCAUUGCGAAAAGUGAUGGAGAACCAGCCAUAAAGGCUAUGAAGGCGAAGGCCAUAGAUGGCCUGAAGGGGAUUGAAGCAAUAUCCCAAGAGACUCCCGAGGGAGACCACCAGGCCAACGGCCUGGCAGAGGUAGCUGUGAGAGAAGUGAAAAGGCAAGUACGGGUCAUGAAGAGCUCUCUGGAGGAGAAGCUCGGGAUCACGCUAAGUGACGAGGACCCAGUCCUUGCAUGGCUGCCGAGACACGGAGCAGACUUGCUCACGAGGUAUAGGAAGGGAGAAGACGGCAGGACGCCCGAGCAGCGCCGGUCAGGGAAGGCCUGGAGACGGCCAGCCUUAGAGCUGGGUGAAAGGCUUUUCUACCGUGAAGCGGUCGCCGCGGAAUCCAACAAGAAUGAUCUCCACAUGAAGAUGUUGGAGGGCAGGUACAUAGGACACCAUGGCGGGACCGGAGCGUUGCUGGUCAUCACACCCAAUGGUGUGAAGAGGGCGCAAGGAGUGAGACGUUUACCGCCUGAGCAGAGAUGGGACGCUCAGGGAUGGACAAGCCUCAGAGGCUAUCCUUGGGAUGUAGCCCACAGAGCUGGUAGGAGCCACAGGCUCAACGGAGAAGGCCCGCUUCCAGUGCAGGGCCCGGCACCAGUGUUGGCGCCGCCAGUCCAAAGGAGACUGUACAUUCUGAAAGCGGAUGUAGAGCGCCUGGGACCAACCCCAGGCUGCCCCGGGUGUACAUGCGUACUCCUGGGAGAGUCGACGCAGGUCAACCACACAGAGGCCUGCAGAGCCAGAAUGAUGGAGCUUCUAGCUCAAGACGAGAGGGGAAAGGCCAGAAUUGAGGCACACGAGUUGCGCCAGAGACGAAGGCCAGAGCCCCCAGAGAGGGAAGAAGAGCUCCGAGUAGCUGAUGCGGUAGGUGAACCGGAGGCUUCAGGCGUGCCUGAGGCAGAAGAAGAAAGAAAAAGAGGGGCACGAGUAGCCCGGGGUCACCCGGGACUCUGCCGGUAG